GUCAGCGGCCUGCGCUGUGCUGUAGGCGGUUGAGAAGCUACGGAAUCGCGUUUUUCUGUGAUUUUCAGCAAGUAUCUUGUGAAAUCUGGUGACAUGGCGCAACGCGAGCGUCGGAAGGAAGUGGCUAUCGAGCCCUUACAGCAACAGGAUCAGGACGAAGAAGAGAAUGUCCUCAAACUCCAGCAACUCGAAGGGAACGGUGUCACAGCUGGCGAUCUCCAGAAACUCAGAGAAGCCGGAUUGCAUACCGUACCCGCGGUGGCCUACACGACCAAAAAACAACUUUUAGCUAUCAAAGGGAUCAGCGAGGCGAAGGCAGACAAGCUUAUGAACCUGGCCGCGAAAUUGGUCCCUAUGGGAUUCACCUCAGCCACGGAAAUACAUAAGCAGCGAUCCGAAAUCAUCUACAUAACCACGGGCAGUGCCGAACUGGAUAAACUCCUGGGAGGAGGAAUCGAGACGGGAAGCGUAACCGAACUUUUCGGCGAGUUCCGUACCGGCAAAACUCAGCUGUGCCACCAGCUGGCCGUGACUUGUCAACUACCGAUUGACAACAACGGCGCCGAGGGCAAGGCACUGUACAUCGAUACCGAGGGAGAGUUCAGACCCGAACGCUUGCUCGCCGUUGCGGAACGAUACGGUCUGGAAGGAGAGCAAGUUCUAGACAACGUAUCCUGCGCCAAAGCCUACAAUACAGAUCACCAAACACAGCUUCUGAUGGAAGCGGGUGCAUUGAUGUCCGAGAAUAGGUACGCGCUGCUCAUCGUGGAUUCCGCAACCGCCCUGUACAGAAGCGAUUAUAGUGGUCGCAGCGAACUCAGCGCUAGACAGAUGCAUAUGGCGAAAUUCCUCCGCAUGCUCGGCCGAUUGGCCGACGAAUUCGGCGUUGCGGUCGUCAUCACCAACCAGGUCAUGGCUCAAGUUGACGGAGCCAGCUUGUUCCAGGAUCCGCGCCGGCCAGUUGGUGGGAAUAUCAUGGCCCACGCAUCGACGACAAGGCUGUACCUCAAAAAAGGUCGGGGGGACAACCGCGUUUGUAAAAUCUACGAUAGUCCUUGCUUACCUGAAAGCGAAGCCCAGUUCGCUAUCUCACCCCGAGGCAUCGAGGACGCCAAGGACACCUGAACCUUCGAGACAAAGCAGUCAGUGAGCGUUUAAUCUUCGCAGGAAAUGAGCGGAGUCUUAUAUUUGUUUCCAAUGCUGUAAAUAAAACAUGAAAUUUUUGUGGGACGAUUUCAAACGGAA